CUGCUCCUCCCCGCCAACCACCACGCUCUCCUCCCACUCCGACUCGGGCGCCGAGUUCCGCCUCAUCCACACGGUGAAAUGCAUCCGCGCCGCCGAGGCCCAGAUCGGCCUCCUCGCCCUGCCCACCAAGCCCUGCAGCCACACGCCGUUUGUCGUCUGCAUGCUCACCACCGGCACGCUCUCCCUGCUCGCCGCCUGCCGGUACACCCUGCGCGGCCAGGAGCUCGCCGUCGCGCGCGACCAGAUCCGCAUGAGCAUCGGCUGCCACAAGGCCAUGGCCGCCGUCUGGCCCCAGGCCGGCAGCAACCUGCACGAGGUCCAAGCCAUUGCGCGAGAGGUCCUGGGGCUACCGACUGGAGGCAUUGGCGGCAGUACCAGCAGCAGCAGCAACAACAGCAGUAAGCAGCAGGUAAAGACGCCAAUACUGGAGCACAUUCUGCCGAGCCCGGGGCCGCCGUCUCUGUCGGGGCCCGACUCGAGCAGCGAUUCUCUCAGCCCGUUUCCGCUGGAUAACCUGCAGACGUACUGGAACAUGAGCUCCAUACAACCAGACAUGUCUUUCCAAUGGUGGUCAGGCGGCGAAAGCCACGUCUGA